AUGAACGGCACUCCUCGACUUCGUUCCGCAUUUCCCUCCACUCCGCAAAACUACAAACUCAGACAGGAUGGCACACCACACAGAAGCCCGGGCUCUGGAUCGCAACUCGGUGCAUCGCUCAGCUCGCCGCUCCCAGAGAUGCCCUCGAUGACAUCUCCUAACUCCUCCGAACCGUUGAUACCAUUCGAAACUCUCGAUGCGCCUUCGCAGCGCUUCUAUGUCGCGGCCUUCUAUUUUGCGCUUAUGGGAUGGCGGCUAUAUGACUGGUGGACGCUGAAUCAGGAGGACACAGAGUCGUUGUGGUUAUUCAUGAAGUGGAUCUUGAUAGACGGUGUAUUUCUCUUCGGACUGCCAUCACUGCGGAUACCAUGGCUGGAGUGGUCCUCCUUCGUCAUCGUAACGCUUUUUCUGUGUCAUGCCAUAAUCGAUGGCAUGCUCAUGUUCAGGCUGUUCCCGCAUUACUCCGUCUGGUUCGCGGGCCUUUUCAAGCUGUUCUCCAGCUCCGAAAAGGCGAUCAACGAGCGUAGCGUCAACCCCGCGAAAAUCUACAACAAUGCUUCCCUGAUACUCGGAAGACAGAUCAUCAACAUACUGCCAGAAGGCUCAGCCAUGCUGAAUCCAGAACGGCGGCACUUCUGCCUGGACGAUGCGUCGCGACAUCAGGUGCAAAUCCCAAUUCAGAUUAAUCAGACGACCCCGAUUCUUAUUGAACUUUUGCGCGUGGAUCUGGACAAGGCCGAGAAUGAGACUAUUUCCAUUUCAUCCUCCAAGAUCAGGUCCAUGGUCAAGGAGGCAAGGAAAAUGCACAAGUCCAGCGAUCCAGCCAGUCCCCUUCUGCUCCGUUACACGGCCAAGAAGCCAGGUCUGUAUGUCUUGCAGAAGGUCGUAGACGAAUCAAAGCUGGAGGUUGCGACACGGCCCUCCGACGCGAUGAUAGUUUCGUGCCCCUCGGCUUCCGUUCGACCUUCAGGAACCGAUAGGUGCAGAGGCGAGCUCUCAGAUGUGGCUCUGCAAGUAAAAGGCACGCCGCCUCUCCGGAUCAAGUACCGGAAGGUGGUCAAUGGUGUCGAGCGCGAAGCGUCAUUCCAGAGCAUUCAGCCGGACGACUUUGUGUCGCCGUUGAAGCAGCAACCAUCAUUGGCCUUGGUCCGCAGCGGAAAGCUAGACGUGAAAUGGGCGGCCUCGCAGGAAAUAGUUGUUCCACUCAACGAAACGCUCACCACCAGCGGUACCUGGACGUACACGGUAGAUGAAGUUCAAGACGCUUUGGGCAACGUUGUCAGCUAUGCUGCCCGGGAGGAUGAAGGCGGGCGCCACAAGCAUAGGGGCGUGAAUCUACACCAGGCACUGACCAUUCACGAACGUCCAUUGAUAUUUUUGAGGGGAUGCGACACCCAGCAUCCGCUUCGAGUUGCCAAAGGCCAGUCAACUGCACUCCCCAUCAGCUACGGAUCCACUGGCAAGCAGGGUAGCAUCGCUCUGCCCCACACCAUUGAGUACUUGUUUACACCGGACGAGGCUCUCUCGGCUACUGGAGAGCACGGUGCGAACCCGCACACGCACAGUCUUACCAUCAAGAAUACCAACCAGAGACCUGCCAUACAUGAGAGUGGGCUGUACACGCUCAAAUCAGUCUCGACCGAGUUUUGCAAGGGAGAAGUGAUGGAACCGGCCUCAUGUCUGUUACAGAACCCUCCGGAGCCGGACAUCUCCAUCUUGAAAACAGAGAUCUCCGAUAAAUGCGCUGGAAGGAAGAUCGGGCUCCGAAUGGAGCUUCAUCUUACCGGCACUCCACCGUUUGAGAUUCAGUUCAUCGAACAGAAGGACGGUGAAGGCCACCAAAUAGUCCAUCGACACAAGGCCGCGGGCCUCAGGGAUCAGUUCGAGCUUACCCCUGUGGAAGCCGGCAAAUACACAUACACAUUCACGGAGAUCAAUGAUGCAGUGUACAAAGGCCGUUCGCUGAAAGAGAAGGGCCUGGUCUAUGAACAAGACGUCAAACCCUCUGCAUCCGCUCACUUCGUGGAUGUCAGGCCAAAGCGUGAGGCUUGCAUAGAAGAGCCUGUCUCGUUCGAUGUGAGGCUGCAAGGCGAAGGACCAUGGAUCUUGGAGUACGAAGUCGUGCACGCGGGGAAGCGUACCAAGCAUCAGGUCAAAGAUAUCCAACAUGAACGUUACACGAUCACCACUGAAAAGCUCAAGAGCGGCGGCGAAUACACAAUAGCCUUAAGCAGCGUAACCGACAAGUCGAAAUGCAAGGAGUUCCUGAAAGCAGAAGCCACAAUCAACGUCCGCCACGAAAGACCGAAAGCGUACUUCAGCUCGAUUGAGGGUAAGCGUAUGGUCCGGACGCUUGAAGGUAAGAGGGUCCAGUUGCCUGUCAGGCUCACUGGCAAAGGGCCGUGGACGCUCAGUUAUUGUGAUGCGUCCAGUAAAAACCACAUUAUUAACAUGCAACGCGCCAAUGAUAUCCUGGAGGUUACUCAACAGGGCACAUACGAGCUUCGCGGUGUACACGACGCUAUAUGUCCGGGUUCGAUCGACAAGACUGCCAAUAAAUUCGUGGUCAGCUGGGUUCCUCGACCAGAAAUCAUCCUUCCCGAGAGUCCCACGGUGAAGAGGGCGGAGGCCGGUUCGAAAGCCCACUACGUCAAGCAGGAUGUUUGUGAGGGUGAUGAAGAUACCUUUGACGUAUCGUUUUCAGGCACGCCACCGUUUGACGUCAAGUACGAGCAGCACAUUCAUCCCGAUCACGGUCCCAAGUCCCUCAGCCGCAAAGAACUCAACGCCGCUCUCGGUGUCGCUUCUAUCCGCAUGGACACCGCUCAACCCGGCCUGUACGAGUACAAGUUCACCGAAAUCUCCGACUAUAACUAUGACCACAACCCCAAGCCCCACCAGCCCCUCACGCUCAAACAACGCGUCAACCCGCGCCCAACCGCGCGCUUCAAAGACGAAGGCAAAACCUACAACUUCUGCUCCAGCGACCUGGACAGCGACCAAGAAAUCCCGGUCAUCCUAACCGGGCAUCCGCCCUUCACCCUCGAAGUUACCAUCAAGCAGCACGGCAGCCUCAAGCCGACCACCAAGACCUUCUCCAACAUCCCCAGCACAACCUACUCCCUCCGCAUCCCACGCUCCAAGCUCCUCCUCGGCCGCUCCCAACUCUCCAUCCUCAGCAUCCGCGAUUCGCUCAACUGCCUGCGCAAAACCGACCCGGCGACGUCCUCAAAAGUGCAAGCCUCCGUCUUCGAUCCGCCGUCCAUCUCCGCCGUCGAGCCGCACAAAUCAGACUACUGCGUCGGGGACCGGCUCGCCUUCAGCUUAGCCGGCCAGCCGCCCUUCAGCGUAACCUACACCUUCAACGGCGCCACAAAGCGCGCCUCCACGCCCAGCACCUCCUUCCGCCGGCUCGCCGAAUCCGCCGGCACCUUCGCCAUCACCGGCCUCAGCGACUCCGCCAGCCAAUGCCGCUUCUCGCCCUCCGGCCCGGACGCCAUCAACACACUAACAAAGCGCAUCCACGCCCUCCCCUCCGUGCGCGUCUCCAAGGGCCGCGAGACCGUGACGGACAUCCACGAGGGCGGCGAGGCAGAGCUGCUGUUUGAGUUUACGGGCGCCCCGCCGUUCGAGUUUGUGGUCCAGAGGAGCGAGAAUGUCAGACGGGGCCACAAGGCCAAGGUGCUCGAGACGAAAAGUUUGGUGAGUGAGGAGUUUGAGAUGAGGAUUAUGGCGAGUCAGGAGGGGGUGUAUGAGGUCGUUAGUAUUAGGGAUCGGUGGUGUGCGUUUUCGAAGGUGGGCGGGCCGGGGGCGGCGCAAGGGCAGAAGUUGUUGCAGUAG